UUCAUUCAGAUGACAUCAUUUCCUGUUACUCAGUCUUCAGCUGCCAGAUCUUUCGUCUCUUAGCGUAAAAUGUAACAUUUUGUGUUAGUGGUGUAGAUAUCUGGUUUCAAAGGGGUCUGGGGACAAAGUUCACCGCAGAAUAAGGUAAAAGCUUUGUAUAGCCAGCACGUUUGGAAACUCUAGGGCACUUGUUAUUCAAAAGAUGUCUUUCAGCACACAUCAAUAUUCCAGCUGUACUCCUGGCAGCCUUUACAGUAAGGUAGGUUUAAGGCCAGAGUUUCUUGAUGCCCGAAGUUCUGCCUUCAGACCCUUGGAUCUGCCCUUGCAGACAACUCGCUAUGUAGACGAAUUGAGGAGUUUCAACGUCAACGAUUAUCUCCCCUGUCCAAAGAAUAAACUUGAUUUAAAGCUCAAUUAUUCAUAUUCAGAAGAUUUCAAUAACUAUUUUGGUAGAGAUCCCGAAAGUAUUCGUUGGGAGCCAAGCUCCACCCCUCGACUUUAUCAGCCAACAGUGAGUCUGCUCAACUUAAACAAGUCCUACCAGGAAAACGGUCCUCUAUCUGUUCGCAGAACUUUCAGCACAAUAGAGAACCGGGACGAAGAUGGCCAAAAGAAACAAAAAACGGCUUUGGUAAAAAAAGGCAAAACUCCAGAUUUGAACAACAAUUUUUUCAAAGAUGCCAGAGGAAAGUUUGGCUUAGCACCAGAGAAAUGGGCGGAUUGCCAAGUGUAUAACAGAAUUGAAGAGCUUGCCAAACCCAAACAGUUACCUUGUGAAUACCGAGAUAACAGACGCUCAGUCUACUGGAUGACCAAAAGGCCCCCACCAAAAGAGGAAGGAUGCAAUCACACUCAUUUUGAAACUUCCUGUCGCCUGGAUGAGCUGGCCGAACCAAAAGUCAUCUGUGGAGAAUUUUGUGGCACAAGACACUGUUGCUGGGAGUCUGAGUAUCCGCAACCUCCAGUAUCAUGUAUCGAUCCAAGGUCUGUCGACUGGAGUCGAUUAGCAUGUCCUAAACGGAAGUAUCCACCGAAUGGAGCUGAGAUACAAACAGUGAAACGUACUGCUUUGAAGGCCUUACCAACUAAAAGACUUUGCAAAUUGUCGGAACCUAAGCCAGUUAUUGACACUGACAAAUACUACCUUUGGUUGUGGAAGAAAAAACCUGAUAAUGAAGUCAUUCUGAAGAAAAUUCGUCGUCUGAGUCUUGAUAAGUGUGACCUGGUCGACAUGCGUGUUAUCAUUCGAUUGCUGCUCUCUUGUACUGCCACAGAGGAAUCGUGUCGGAAAUUGAAAGCAACAAUACCCACAAUUCAGUUUGCGCUGGAUAAAGGAGCUCAAUCAGUUGUAAUGAUCUGUUGCUACGGGGACACCAACGGAAAAAUUGAUCCAGAAUUUUCUUUGCAACCUUUAAGAGAAAUAUUUGAGAAUCAUCUGAAUCAUCCUGUCAUCUACUUAGAGGAUUGCGUGGGAUAUCAGGCCAGAUCACUAUGUGCAGAUCCAGAACCAGGGUCAGUUUUUUUGUUGGAGAAUUUAUCUUUUCAUCCCGAGGAGAAAGGAAAGUUCAUUGAUCCUGAGGGCAGAGAAGUUUUGUGCAAACAAGAGGAGAUUUCCAAGUUUUGUAGUGUGUUGUUUGAUAUGGGAGACGUCUAUGUAGUAGACUCUAUAACAGAACUUGUUGAGAUGUCCAAUUCAACUGUAGGAACAAAAGAACAAGACAAAGCCUAUGGUUUUAUUAUUAAAUCUGAACUCCAACAUUACAACCAGUUUGUAGUGAGCCCUGAGCAACCAAUGGUGGCUAUUAUAGGCGGAUCAUUCAAAGAUAAAAUCAAAAUCGUCAGAAAUUUGAUGGGAAAAGCUCAAGAAAUGAUUCUGGGCGGAGAACUGGCCAUGAUCUUCUUGAAAGUCAUCAAGAAAAUAGAGAUAGGAAACAUUCCAGUGACGCCCAAAAUGCUCAAACAGGCCCUAAAAAUUUAUUCGCGAGCUAAAGACACAAAAACUAUCAUUUAUCUCCCAUCUGAUGUUGUAGUUUGUCAUUGUAAGACUGGUCAGUAUUUUAGUGUCUUGACUCGAGAGGAUAUCGAUGAAGACUACCAGAUUGUAGAUAUUGGCCCAUUCACAAGAAAUUGCUAUCAGAACGUUUUGACUGGUGCCAAGACAAUGGUCUGGUGUGGACUAAUGGGUGACCUACCAGACGGCACAGCGGUCAUCUCUAAAGCUUUCGCUCUGGCUACAAGACACGGAGUGUCCACUUACAUCACGGAUGAACAGACUAGAGAUGCCUUUGAUAGUUGUGGACAAAAAGACGUCACACAUAUCACGUUGAAUGGAGAAGUGACUACACUUUUACUGAAUGGGAAACUGCCCAAAGGUUUAGCCGUACUGAACAAAUACAGACAUAAGAUGAAAAAACAUCCACCUAAACCAGUGACACCUUCCACUAAGCCUACAGUUUAUGAGCUGCCAGGGAUGAUGAUCGACAGCGGAGCCAGAAUUAAAUGCAUCAACGACGUAGCACUUGAGGACAAACGUGUUGUCAUAAGAGUAGACUUUGACGUCCCAAACUCCAAAUCUACUACUAUCAGUAACGACUAUAGAAUACGAAUGACGAUACCUACUAUCAAGUAUGCACUACGUCACCGAGCUAAGUCAGUUGUCAUUAUGGCUCACUGUGGCCAGCCAGGUGGAAAAAAGAUUUCAGAAUUGUCUCUAAAGCUGAUCUGUGAAGCCCUUGCUACUCUACUAGGACAAACGGUUCUGUUUAUUCCCGAGACUGUGGGGAAAUCUGUAGAGUCUGUCUUGAACCAAAUUCACCCAGGGAACAUAAUCAUGGUGGAGAAUCUGAGAUUUAAUCCAGGGGAAACUGGAGAAAGUUGUUCAAAUAGUUUGUCUCGUGAUGGCCAGCCCAUAGCUGCUACCCCUCAGGCCUUGGCUCAAUUCUGUGAAGGUCUGACCAAUUUGGGUGACGUCUAUGUUGACGACGCCUUUGCCUGCCUGCAUCUAGACCAUAGCUCUAUGACGGGUUACCUUGGAAACAUCAAAGUUUGUGGUUUCCUUGUCAAGAACGAGCUUAAAUAUAUGACCAAAGUGUUCAACAAUGUCAAGCGUAAGUUUCUGGUGAUUCUGGGCGGAUUGUGUACAAGAGAGAAACUUGUACUGCUGUUAGACCUGUUGAAAGAAGCUGAUAACAUCAUCAUUGCUGGCACUUUGGCCACUUUGUUUCUUAAAAUAGACUUAGGUAUGGACAUUGGUCGAAAUUCAUUUGACUACAAUUUAGAGACUCUAGCAAGGCAAAUCAUUGAGCUGGCACCAUAUUACAAGUGUAAACUUCAUUACCCAGUGGACUUGUGGAUUGCUCAAACAGAAGAUGGAAGUAACCCUCAGUUACACAGUAUCACCAAACCAAUACCUGACGGGAUGUCUGUUGUAGAUGUCGGAGACUUGUCUGCCAGUAUGUUCAGUAGAAUUGUCAGGAAGUCGAACAUCAUACUAUGGUGUGGUACAGUCGGGGUCACAGAGCCUGUUCCCUUUGUUAAAGGCUCCAAGAAAUUACUUGACACCAUCACAGAAGUCACCAGGGACCCAGAGAAACGAGUCAUUUCUAUCGUUUGUGGACGAAGCUGCAGUGAAUUUAUACAAACCCACAACCCAAACCACGAAGGGAUUACUCAUCUUUCAACAGGUGGAGCUGCUGUUAUUAAGUUAUUAAAUGAUAGAAAACUGAUGGCCUUGGAGGUGCUCAAUUGUAAGCCUCCUGGAAGACUGACCAACAUUUUAGCCGCUGAUUCAGGAGAGUUCACAGACCAGAGAGUCCUGGUGAAAGCAGACCUCAAUCUAGAUGUGGAGGAAAGUGGUCAAGUGCGAGACCCAUUUCCACUUAGACAAUUAAUCCCGCUGAUCAAAUUUCUUCAAAGAAAAGGAGCUCGCUCUAUUACAUUGAUUGGUUAUCGCGGUGAAGCCUGUGGGGUACCAGAUGAGAAGUAUAGCCUGGCGCCAUUGAAAGAAGCUCUGGAAACUGUCUUAGACCAGCCUGUGGUCUUCAUCCCGGAAGGUGUCUCGGACGCCGCUGAUAUUGCAAUCCGUAGUCAGGAACCCGGCAGAGUUCUUUUACUUGAAAAUAUCCGGUUUCACCCGGAAGAAAUAGGAGUGAAAGAAUUACCUGGAGGGUUAAAGAUCAAGGUCUCUUAUGAUGCUCUCAACGACUACCGAAACAAACUCAGCUCUCUGGGAGACGCUUUGAUCAAUGAAUCAUUUCUCAGCCUGUAUGACGCUGACAGUUCAACAGUCGGACUAAAACACAAGACAAAGUUGGCAGGUCUCAACUUGAAGAAAGAGGUGAUCCGCUAUUUUGAGCUCCGAGAUACUUUAGAACAUCCUGUGCUGGCUAUCAUUGGGGGCAAAGACAGUGUGGCGAAUGUCAGCAGGAUCCAGAAAAUGUUACAUUUUGUGGAUGAACUGAUUCUGUGUGGGGGCGUGGCAAGUGCCUACUUCGCUUCGCAGGAAACUGUCAAGAUUGGGAAAACUGCUGUCAAUGAAGCCUGCUUGAAAUACUUCCAUAAAUUGAUCAAAAAGGCAAAAGUUUGUGGCAUUCCCAUUCAUUUACCUGUGGACUUGGUGGUAGCAGAAAGUCUCCUGCCUCCCCCACCACCAGAGGUUACAGAGGAAGAAGUGACGGAGGCACCUGUCUCUGAUCUACCAAAGACAGAGGUAGUGACUACCUCCCAAGGUGUACCCCAGACCUCAAUGGUAUGUGACAUCGGUCCUGAUACAAUCCAAGAGUUCCAGCAACUUAUCAGCAACGCCAAAACUAUUAUUUACAUUGGUGAUGCAGGAGCGUAUGACUAUGAGCCUUUCAGCCAGGGAACCAAAGCACUUAUGUCCAGCAUUCAGACGGUCACCAACAAUGGAUCGACCUCAGUAGCUCUAGGUAUGGACACGGGAGUCUGUCUGGGUCAACUGAAUGCACUGGAUACCUUUACGUAUUACAGUACAGGAGUGGAAACCUUCACUGAGAUUAUGUUAGGCAGAUCGUUGCCUGGCCUUGCAGUGCUUUCUACUGCCUUAGAUAAGAAGUUGAAAAAACUAAGAAUAGACCAGAUGGAUCUCCGAGGUAAACGUGUCUUGAUCAGACUAGACCUGGAUGUGCCAACAUGUGAAGGUGUUGUGCUAGAUACAGAUAAGUUGGAAGAGGCAUUACCCACCAUUAGGUAUGCCUUAAAGAUGGGCGCCAAGAGUGUUGUUUUAGUAGGUCACAGAGGAGAGCCAAAUGGAUUCAAGAACUAUUACUUGAAGAUGGAACCUUUGCUAGAAGAAUUGAACCAGUUGCUUGAACUGAAGGUCACUUAUGUCGAUCGACCUUGUAGUAUGAAGGCAAUGACCUUACUAUCUGACCCUGAACCAGGAAGCGUGUUUCUCAUGGAGAAUCUGAAGUUUUACCCUGCAGAAUAUGGCAGAGAUCCGGAGCCUAAAGAAAAACCUAAAGAUGAAACUGAAGAAAACCCAACUCAGGACCCAGCUGUUGAAGAAAUUCAAUCAAGAGAAGCGACUCAAGAGACGGACGAGGAGCCAGACGACGACGCCAUCUUGUCAGUCAGUGAUGGCGAUGGUGGUCGUAACAUUGAUGCCGUGAUGUUCCAGAAGAUGGCGCUGAAGACUGUGGAUGAAUAUCGCAAUGAGAUUGCUGCGUGUGGUGACGUUUUUAUUAAUGAUGACGUCAAAGACGUGGAGCAGACUCUGACGUCACUAGAAGGUUUUGGCCUGGAGGAGAGAGCUGUGGGUUUUCUUCUCAUUAAAUUUCUGUUGGAUGCAGACGACAAUGCCUACAACUUACCUGGCGUGCUCAAUUUGUCUCCUGCACCACCGUCUUAAAUGUAGCCUACAACUUACCUGGCGUGCUCAAUUUGUCUCCUGCACCACCAUCUUAAAUGUAGCCUACAACUUACCUGGCGUGCUCAAUUUGUCUCCUGCACCACCGUCUUAAAUGUAACCUACAACUUACCUGGCGUGCUCAAUUUGUCUCCUGCACCACCGUCUUAAAUGUAGCCUACAACUUACCUGGCGUGCUCAAUUUGUCUCCUGCACCACCAUCUUAAAUGUAACCUACAACUUACCUGGCGUGCUCAAUUUGUCUCCUGCACCACCAUCUUAAAUGUAACCUACAACUUACCUGGCGUUCUCAAUUUGUCUCCUGCACCACCGUCUUAAAUGUAGCCUAUAGAAACAAACCUUUUGUCCAAUCCUUUUGUCCAAUCCAUCCUUUUGUCCAAUCCAUCCUUUUGUCCAAUCCAUCCUUUUGUCCAAUCCAUCCUUUUGUCCAAUCCAUCCUUUUGUCCAAUCCUUUUGUCCAAUCCAUCCUUUUGUCCAAUCCAUCCUUUUGUCCAGCUCACAAUGAACACUGGAAAGUAAAGGAUGUCCUAAUGGCUCUGAGUCGUCUGGUGUAUCAAAAGUUCUCUCUGAAAUAAACUUGUCUUCUGCUA